AUGCGACAAACCCGCGAAGAAUUUCGGGCAUUCAGAGAAGAACUUCAGGACAUAAGAAACCUUGUCAGCAAAUGCGACGCUCGUUUAGAUAAGCUCGAGAACACGGUCCAAACUAUCCUGGAAUCACAAGAGCAAUAUGGCUCUCAAGGAUUCAAAAUUGAAAUCCUAAAACUCGAGUCGACCGUCAAUCAGCUGCAAGCCGACUUAAACGAUAGGGAUCAGGAGUUGCUUGCAAAUGACGUCGAAUUAAGUGGCAUUCCAGAGGAGAGUGGGGAGAACCCAACACACUUGGUUCUAUCAGUUGUGACCAAGCUUGGUGUUCAUUUGGAGGAAAAGGAACUGGUCCAUUGUAUGCGACGUUUAAAAGUAGACCGUGAACGUCAUAUCGAGUCUCGAGCUUUAGAGACGUUUACGGAGCAUUCAGAAAGGUUGACUGCAGACCGUGAACGUCAUGCUGAAAGUCGCGCUUCAGAAACGUUUACGCAAUAUUCAGACCGCUUGACAGCAGACCGUGAGCGUCAUGCUGAGUUUCGCGCUUCGGAAACAUUUACGGAGUGUUCAGAACGGUUGACUGCAGACCGUGAACGUCAUGCUGAGUCUCGCGCUUCAGAAACGUUUACUCAAUAUUCGGAACGCUUGACUGCAGACCGUGAGCGUCAUGCUGAGUCUCGCGCUUCAGAAACGUUUACUCAAUAUUCGGAACGCUUGACUGCAGAUCGUGAGCGUCAUGUCGAGUCUCGCGCUUCGGAAACAUUUACGGAGUGUUCAGAACGGUUGACUGCAGACCGUGAAAGUCAUGCUGAGUCUCGCGCUUCAGAAACGCUAACUCAAUAUUCGGAACGCUUGACUGCAGACCGGGAACGUCAUGCAAGAUCACGUGCUUCGGAAUCAUUUACUCAAUAUGAAGCGAGGUUAGCAGCAGAUAGGGAGAGCCGUUCGGUAAGUAGGACACAUGAAACCCAGCAGGAGCAUGACUUACGCUUAGAAUUGGCAAGGGGAUAUUAUGAAAAUUCGCUUCAACACCGUAACGAACUUUUGUCUUUACAAAGGGAAAGAGUGCAAGCAAUUAGGAGUAACGAGACAGAGAGUGAACGUGCAAUUCGGUUACAAGCUGAUCGUAUUCGUACUUUUAUAAAUCGUUCACCCACCUUUACUCCGCCAUCUAUGGACAGAGAGAACUACACUGAUCUCCCUUGGGUUGAUAAAGAAAAUAGUGGUUUUACCUACACUUUUAAUAUUGACUAUAGUGAAUUUGCCGAGAUCGGAAGAAUGAUUCGCACUUGUAGUCAUUGUCAAUCACUUAAGUGGUCUAAAGAAUCAAACGGGUUUUGCUGUUCAGCUGGCAAGAGCUUCAGGGCAUGCUUCAUCAGGUCAACCCUUAUGUAUCCAAUUUCAAAGCUGUACUAG